UGGAGAAUCAGCAGAGGGCGUGCGACGUGCGAUUGUUGACAUAUAAGAUAAAUAUCGUCCUAAAACUAACGCCAAUGUUUAUGUAGGUCAACUUGACAUGCACGAGAUAUUGUUUGGAUCUUCGCAGAGCAGCUACGAUUACAGUAUUUUGUAGAAAGUGCGAGAAGAAAAUCCUAUUUAUACAUCAAGCGUUAAGUACCACGGAAGACAUGAAGAAAUACAGAGCGCUAUGGAGAGUAGAUUCAGUGUUUUGAACGACACAGAAGACCUCUCGCAAUUUUCAAACGCUGAUAACAGUAUUCACGCCGAAAGAUCUAAAACACUGUUUGAAGAAAUUCGUGCCUCCUUAAACAACAAUGAUGAAGAGGACCGUGCAUUCUGGAGGCCUGUGCUCCCUUGGGGUGGUGUCUUUACCAUUAAGGCAGGACGGAAGGCCUUAUCAUGCAUCCCUCUGUACGUGGAAAUCCAAUUGAAAAACACCUGCACCAUUGAUGGCUUCCUUAUGAUUCUGUAUGUGAUUCUGCGGGACAACCAGGGCUUUCAUAGGGAGUUGGCUGUCUUCUUGGGCAAGCAAUUUGUGGACCAUUUCCUCUACCUGAUGGACUCCUGUGACUACACGACAGUAAAGAUGCUGUGGAUCUGGAACAGGAUGUCUAAAAGACAAUACCGCUCUGAGAUCCACCAGACAGCGCUGGAGAUUGACCUCUUUGGUAAUGAGCAUGAGAACUUCACAGAAAACCUGGAAAACCUCAUGUCCACCAUACAGGAGAGCCUGUGCACCAACUGGAGCUGCCCAUCACGCUUCCAGGAUUUCAUCAAAAGCACCAUUAACAUCAGCCCUCCUCAUGAGCUGCCUCACAGAGACCCAAUUCGGUCAGCUGUGGACGAGUUCUUCUGCCCCAAGCUCCUACUCUGUUCAGAACAAGGAUGUGACGGUUUAAGAGAGUUUUCUCAGAGGGUUUUUUGCCACGGCCCCCCACCCUUCGUUAUUCUCAACAUGCAGCAGUGGCGAUCAGAGGAUCUGUCUUAUGUCCCGUACCAUCUGGCUCUCUGUCAGCACAGAUACUUACUAGAGGGCGCCACGCUCUUCAACAAGGAGGAGCAGCACUACUCUGCAGCUUUCCAUUUAGAUGGAUGUUGGAUGCACUAUGAUGGUCUGAGGAGUGAUAAUCUGAUCCUGCUGCACAAGCCGCCGGAGCUCCUGUUGCUGUCCUCUCUGGUCUACAUCCGCGCCGCUGAGAAGUGAAAGUUUCUUGUAGGGGGUGAACAUACAGUACAGAAGUGAAGGCAUUCAUCAUUUUCUCUUUGAUUUCUCUGGCAUAAUAUUUUUUUAAUAGCCAUGCUUCUUUUUUCUAUUAAGUUUACAGUUAGGUACUGCCCUGAGAAAGCUUUCAUUGUCAGCUGUAACGGUGAAUGACAUGUGGAAAUUUUUAGCUGAGUUUUUACUGAAAACAUCUUGUGCAAAUUAAAAGUUCCUUCUUUUUUUUGGCAUGCUUGGAAUCCAAGAAUAUAAUGGACUAUAAUAGUUCUGGGUUGAUAUACAUGGAUGAAAAUACAAGUGAAUACAUUUCUGUGUAAACCUUAAACAAUACUGUAUAAAAUUUUUCGGCUGCAGCUGUUAAACUGCAGGUGAGUACUGUUAAGUUUCCCCGUAUAAACGCUGUUUGGCGUUGACACAGUACAUACGGUAUUUUCCAGAAAAGUCUGUCUGUUUCACUUUACAUUAAUGCAUAUCAGCCCUUUCUAAAAAAAAAAAAAACAAAUAAACUGGUGCUCCUAUUUACACUGUGGUCUGAGGGAAAUAACUGAA